AUGAAGCUCGCCACUCGCUGCAAUCACCCGCUCAGCAUUUUUCACCCACAUAUGCGAGAGAUUAGCUUCUUCUUUGAAAGGAACGAGCGCGUGACAGGAAACGAGGUCAUGAUCAUGGCAUACUUUCGCACAUACGAGGGAUUGCAUGCAUUUUCUCAUGAAGAAGGCGGCGUGCAUCGCGAGGCUUGGAGUUAUUGGAAUACCGAGGUGAUGAGCAAGGGGAAGAUCGAGGAGGGCUGCAUGUUCAGUAAUAUGCAUGAGACCUACCAGGCGCCCGCUGGAAAGUGGGAGGACAUCUACGUGAAUUAUCAUCCCAGUGGAUUAGGCGCGAUGACGUACAAGGUCAAUGUAGAUUGGCAGGAGAAGUGGGCUCGUCCGUUGAUUGAUGCGAGGAAAGGGCUGCUAAGGAGCAUCAAGGGGCGGAUGGCAGUGAGUGCGGGGAAUGACAAAGAUAUAUAUGGAUAUGACCCGUAUGCAAAUGAAAAGGCUUGA